UGCAGAGUGGUAAUGGACAGUUGUGACUGUUUUAGUUUCGUUUUCUCAACCUUGAGUGUGUUUUUAACCUAAUUCUCACCAGAAACUACUUCACCUGAACGGUCAACACGAGAAGCAAUUUAACUCUGGUAACUGAAAGGUAACUCUUUGCUUUGACUGUCACCUUUGUACAGAGGAGGGAUGGACUCUGAUAACGCAAAAGCAGAGGUUUCACAAAACAACGAACAGUCAUAUGAAGCAAACAAAGAAGAUUCAAAUGCAGCUGAAACAGAUGAGACUGGAGGAGGAGCAGGAGAACAAGGGGAAGACCAGCAGGAGGAUGUCAAGCAGGAUGAAGUAAAGCAGCAGGAUGAAGUAAAGCAGCAGGAUGUAAAGCAGCAGCAGCAGCAGCAGCACGACAAGCAGGAACAGGAGCAGCAGCAGGGUUACAAGCAACAGGAGCAGCAGCAGCAGCAGCAGGAGCAGGCGCAGCAGCAGGCGCAGCAGCAGCAGGAGCAGCAGCAGGAUGACAAGCAGCAGGAGCAGCAGCAGGAGCAGCAGCAGGAUGACAAGCAGCAGGAGCAGCAGCAGGAGCAGCAGCAGGAGCAGGCGCAGCAGCAGCAGCAGCACGACAAGCAGGAGCAGCAGCAGGAUGUCAAGCAGCAGGAGCAGCAGCAGAGUUACAAGCAACAGGAGCAGCAGCAGCAGCAGCAGCAGCAGCAGCAGCAGCAGCAGCAGCAGGAUGACAAACAGCAGGAGGGUGACAACUCGACUGACUGUGUGAAAAGUUCGGGAUCAACAAUUAAUGAUUCAAAUGGAGCAGAAGCCAAUCAGACGGCUGAUAGUAGAGUGGACAAACCAAUAGCAGAAGAACUGCUAGUAAAUAUGUCAGCAACAGAUGCAAUUAAGCCAAUUGAGACAGAUGGAGGUGAGCAGCAAAAAAGACUUCUAGACACUGAAACGACAAAGACAGACCAACGGCAACCUGAAGAGGAAGCACCACCUGAAGAAGAGAGGCCCGGUUCAGUAUCUCCCCCGACAGAUCCAAAACCUUCUGCAGAGACACAAUCCGCUCAACAGGAAUCUGCUAAAUCACAAGAGAAGCCCACGCCACAACGUCCAGCGAAACAAACAGAAAGAGGAGAGGAGAGCCCACAUCCAGCAUAUACUCCAGACACACAACCAACUCAGCAGAUUGGCCUGAUUAUUGUGGCGGUGUUGGUCGCCGUGCUGGCCAUGGUCCUGUUCCAGUAUCUCCGCCAGAGCCCCGAGCCAGCGAGACCAACCCUGAACCGAACAGAGGUGCUGCAACAGGAGCUGCUGAAGGUGAAGCAGAGCUUUCAUAACCAGAGGGGGGAGCUGUGGAGACGCAGCAGCAUCCACCUCCAGCGCCACGUCAAGUCCGCCAAGCCCAACGAGCCGGUCAGCCUGAUCCUGGCGGGAGGUCUCCGGGCGGAGAAGACGCUGGGAUGCCUGGCGGCUCGGCUGGCGGAAGCCUUCUCCACAGCCUACAACGGGUCGGUGCAGCAGCUGUACGGCACACAGCUAGCCAAUGUGGAGCAUGACCAGGCGAAGCUCGUACUGGACACCAAGCUGAAGGAAGGAUUUGAAGGUGACAAACCAGCUGCUGUCAUCCACCGUCUGGAGGAGCUGCCUCCGAGCUCCAGCCUGAUCUUCUACCGCUACUGCGACCACGAGAAUGCGGCCUACAAGCAUCCUCUCCUGGCCUUCACAGUCCUCCUGCCCCUGGACACGGUGGGGCCGGACGUCAGCUUGCCACAAGUGGAGGAGCUGGUGCACAGUCACAUUCACCGGAAGUUUCUGACCCCCGAUCAACCCGACACGUUUGACAAGAUGGACGUGGACAAGCUGAGCGGGCUGUGGAGCCGCAUCUCACACCUCAUCCUGCCUGUUGACAUGGAGGAACACAUAGAGAAAAGAGGCUGUGAGCGGAACUGAGCAGGCAUCUAAACAGGGUGGGGUGGGAGACGAUGGACUGGCUUUUCCGAACUAAAUCAGGGGUGCAUUUCUCGAAACCAUAGUUCCAACUAAGUUAGCUACUUUGUUGUUUUAAAUCCACUUUCCCAUGGACGACUCCCCAAGUUGCUAACUGGCUAACAACGACACUUUCGAGAAAUGCACCCCAGUCGAAAAAGUAUUUUUGGUGACAUGGGCAUGCCUGUUUACCUUCAUGUUCAUCCCGAAGAUGUUAAAUAUCUUUAAACAUCUUAUGAAGAUCUCUUAACUAAUUUCGUUCCUCCUUUCUGUGUUGGCCUUCCAUAUUCGAGAAAAAAAAACAGAGAAGAGUGCUGCCUCUGUGACCUUACUUGCACUUUAGUACCACUAUUAAGAGACAUUCAGCACUUUGGAUGUGGUUUAGGGUUUGUGUAAAAUAUGUAUGAAGCGUUCGGGAGGAAAAUUGAAAUGUGUAGCCUAGGCCUAAUAGUAGCUAAUAUACAUUUGCUAACUUAAAAAGUGCCUUUUUAAAUGAAAUAAAUUUGUAAUUAAGUUA